UUCCUCAGAACAGUUAAACCCACUGUAGAGUACACUACGCAUCUCGUGUUAGUCAGUGAGUUGUGAGAGAAACCAUGCCCAGCUCAUUCAUGGUAAAGCGCAACUAUGCGCACUGUCCGCUCAAGAAACGGCCCCUGGCUUUGUACAACGAACCAGCCACGUCGCCCCCAGAGCAGGACCAGCCUGAGGAUCUUAGUGUGAAAAGGCCCCGUCUAGAGUCACCUGCGGCGCCGACUCCUACAGCGACGCCUACAGUGAUGACGACAGCGACGACUACAGUGCGCCAACCUGUCGCAGAACCUCUUGUGUGGCCCUGUCUUCCGUCUCCACCCACCGCUGCAGUGCCAACAGUGCUACACACAGUGCCUCGCACCGGACCUUCGUCGCCUCCUGCAGCCCGAGUGGCAGAAAGUUUGCCCUCCCUCGCCGAGUAUUACCUCCAACUCUUCAGGUCGACAUCGGACGCUCCGGAGCCCAGGAGGAUGGAACCCAGACCUUCGCUACCGCAGUGGAACACACCCUACCUCCCGCCUUCACCUCAGGCCUCGCCAGUCACCUCAGACCAACUACCUGUCAGUCCUGUGCCAUUCCACUGCUACCCAGAGUCCUCAGCCCUCAUCUCCCCCGUGUCUACUUGCUCCUCCACAGCCUCAGAGUCCGAGGACGAUACUGGAGUCUCAAGACAGCGGAGGGAAGCCCGGUACUCGUGCAGCGAUUGCAGCAAGUCGUACUCAACGUACUCUGGCCUGAGCAAGCACAAACAGUUCCACUGCGCAGCGCUGGGUGCCAAGUCGUUUGCGUGCAAGCACUGCGAGAAAGUGUACACGAGUCUGGGCGCACUCAAGAUGCACAUCCGCACGCACACGCUGCCGUGCAAGUGUCAGCUGUGUGGCAAGGCCUUCUCGCGGCCGUGGCUGCUGCAGGGCCACAUCAGGACCCACACCGGGGAGAAGCCCUUCCAGUGCCCGCAGUGUGACCGGUGCUUCGCUGACCGCAGCAACCUGCGGGCCCACCUUCAGACCCACGCUGACGUUAAGAAGUACGCAUGCGUCACCUGCCACAAGACCUUCUCCAGAAUGUCUCUCCUCAACAAGCACACCGAGGCCGCCUGCCCAGCCAGACCCCACCAGGAGCAGCACUCCCCCGCAGCUGAACCCCACCAGGAGCAGCACUCCCCCGCAGCAGGACCCCACCAGGAGCAGCACUCCCCCGCAGCAGGACCCCACCACGACCAGCAGGCACCAUCCAGCCCCCCAGAAGCAGACCAGUAGCACCAUUCCUACCUCCCCCAGAUUCUCCAGGAGUACCCAACCUCACUUCGCGGGGCCCCUAGUCCUUAGCUAGUCAACGAGCUCUCCACCAUGUUGUGUUCCUAUGUUGGUCACUAGUCUAGUUCUUAAGCCAUACCGUCCCCGCCAGGACCACCAAGCCAAAGAUAUAUGUAUUAUCAAUACUUUUACACUAAUAAAAUAUAUUUGAACUUA